GUGUGACGUUCAAUCUAGUGGACGGGUUCCUUCAACAACAACAGCUAGUCAGACACCUCCGUAGCUUUCUAGCAAACAUAGCUACAACAUUAACGCUCUGUACACUGUUUUGGUGUAUAUUAGUCGAUGUGUAUUAAACACACUUCUGUCGUUAUAUACUUGUUGGCCCAUUUAAUUAUAUAUUUACGUUUUUUGUCAGCUAGCUAGUUUGCUAAAUUAGAUUAGAACUAGGCUAGUCGCUAAUGCUAGCUAGCUAACAUCCCCGACCAUGAGUUCAUUAAGCUACUCUCUUCCUACUGAAGAGGAGAAGAUCUGCUGGGCGGAGAAAGAAGCUAUCGUGAAAGAGGAGGAGGAAGAGGAGGCUGUUACAAUACAAAAACAAGUAGAUGGCGAGGCUGUUACCGUGAAAGAAGAAGAAGACGCGUUCAGAGUGAAAGAUGAGGAAGAUGUUACAGUAAAAGAAGAGGAGGCAGAGAAAGAGGAGGAUGCAGCUUUUGGAGUGAAAGAGGAGGAGGGGGAGAUUACCGUCACAUUGGAGGAAGAAGAGGAGGUUGGAGAUCUGUUUAACACCAGAGAGAGACGUGACUACCGUGGAUCCUCUGGCGAGUCUCUACAACAUCAUGAAGCUGACGAGGCAGAGAAGAGUCUCUCCACAUCAGGGCACCUCAAGAAACACCAGCGGAGACCCACAGGGAAGAAAUCUCACCGCUGCUCUGACUGUGGGAAAGGUUGCAAAUCUACAUCAGAACUUAAAGUACACCUGCGAACACACACAGGAGAGAAAUCUCACCACUGUUUUGAUUGUGGGAAGAGUUACUUAAGAUCAAAUUCACUAAAAGUACACAUGAGAAUUCACACUGGAGAGAAACCUUAUAGCUGUGAUCAAUGUGGGAAGAGUUUUACUCGCUCAAACGGCCUGAUGGUACAUCUGAGAGCACACACAGGAGAGAAACCUUAUAUCUGUAUUCAAUGUGGGAAGAGUUUUACUAGCUCAAGCUGCCUGAUAGUACAUCUGAGAGCACACACAGGAGAGAAACAUUAUAGCUGUAAUCAAUGUGAGAAGAGUUUUACUCGGUCAAGCAGCCUGGUAUCACACCAGAGAAAACACACAGGAGAUAAACCUUAUAGCUGUAAUCAAUGUUGGAUGAGUUUUACUCAGUCAAGCAACUUGGUAUCACACCAGAGAACACACACAGGAGAGAAACCCUAUAGCUGUGAUCAAUGUGGGAAGAGUUUUACUCAGUCAAGCAGCCUGGUAUCACACCAGAGAACACACACAGGAGAGAAACCUUAUAGUUGUGAUCAAUGUGGGAAGAGUUUUACUACAUCUAGCCAUCUGACUAUACACCAGAGAACACACACAGGAGAGAAGCCUUAUAGCUGUACUCAAUGUGGGAAGAGUUUUGUUACAUCUAGCCAUUUGAUUUUACACCAGAGAACACACACAGGAGAGAAACCUUAUAGCUGUAAGCAAUGUGGGAAGAGUUGUACUCGGUCAAGCAACCUGGUAUCACACCAGAGAACACACACAGGAUUGAAACCUUAUAGCUGUGAUCAAUGUGGGAAGAGUUUUACUACAUCUAGCCAUCUGACUAUACACCAGAGAACACACACAGGAGAGAAGUCUUAUAGCUGUGAUCAAUGUGGGAAGAGAUUCUAUGAUAAAAGAUCUCUAAAUAAACAUCAGAAAAUACAUAUAUGAAGGAGUUGUUUCAUGAUAUCAAUGACAUUAUGUCACAAUGUAGAAUGUUUAAACAUUGUAGUAGGAGUGUUUUAGUGAUAUCACAAAUGUACAACCAUAAACGUUGACAUUAUGGGGUAUUGUGUGUAGAUUGAUUUGGAAAACAAUAUUAUUUAAUACAUUUUAGAAUAAGGCUGUAACGUAACAAAAUGAGGAAAAAGUCAAGGGGUCUGAAUACUUUUUGAAUGCUCUGAAUAUGAUAUUGGUUUACUGUUAGAAUAAGUUGUUUGACUACAGCAAUACAGUUAAAGCAACGAUGCAUCAACCUAGAAAAUGGAUGGCCAACCUUGCUGCUAGAGAUCUAGCUACUGGGUGUGCAGGUUUCUGUUCCAGCUCUGCACUAACACCUGACAUUGUGCUGAUUAUAUUAUUAUUUGGACUAUUAUUCAACUAUUCAAUCAUGGCUUGUUUUGGAGUCAGAUGGAUGUCUAAAUCCACUGCCCAUUUCCACAGGUGUUCUUUAUGAUAUGAAAUAAAGUAUUGAUUCUUUGGAUGAAG